UUACAGGGACCAAACAAUCAGGGUACGAUGGAAUUCAUAUUUGGCUCCAAAUUCGAAUUUGAACCAGCACGAAAAUGGGCAUCACAAAUGGAAUGGACUAUAUUGAAUAUAUCGCUAACAUAUGUUGUCACCAUAUUUGUUAUCAAAUAUGCGAUGCGUGAUCGAAAACCAUACGAUUUGCAACAACCGCUUGUUAUCUGGAAUGCUCUGUUGGCUGUUUUCAGUAUUCUUGGUGUUGCUAAGAUAACGCCAGUUUUCCUCAAACAAAUGGUUACUAAAGGAUACAUCAGCACUUUCACUGAAAUAGGACCGUGCUUCACUGACGACGUUGCUGGUUAUUGGACUUUCUUGUGGAUCGUCUCAAAAGUUCCGGAACUCUUGGAUACGAUAUUUAUCGUGUUGAGGAAACGUCCACUAAUGCUGAUGCAUUGGUAUCACCAUGCGCUUACCGGAUACUUUGCAAUCGUUACAUAUGCCAAUAAAAAUGCUUACAUGAUUUGGGUCGUUUGGCUGAAUUUCAUUGUACAUUCCUUCAUGUACAGUUAUUAUAUGCUGCGAUCGCUUCGUAUACGUGUCCCACCACAGAUCGCCCAGUUCAUAACCUUUGGUCAGAUCAUUCAGUUUGCCAUAACACAUGUAGUAAUGAUACAUUUGGCUAUUCUCGCUCUCACCACAACGAAUAAGUAUUCUGUCACGUUGCGAGGUUUUGCUCUUGGCACUUUGAUGGAAGUAACUUAUCUGAUACUCUGGAUACGCUUCUAUUACGUCUCCUAUUAUGCAAAUGGUGGAAAGAAAUAUAUCGAGCAUAAAAAGAGUGUUAAAGCUCAACAAUGAGGAAUAAAAAAAGAAGAAUAUGGUUUCAUCUGAUAAAUCAAUCAUUUUGUUAUUUAAUUUGUUAUUCGAUUUCAUUUGCUCUUGUCAAUUAGCUUAUUUACUGUACUGUUGCAUUUUUCUAAGUUUGCAAAAAAAGAUUCGACUGGUAGCUUGAGAAAUGUAGACGGAACAGGUAAAGCAAUCUAUUAAUCAUUCUAAUUUGUGGAAUUUUUUCAUCAAAAAAAUACUUCCUCGUUGCGACUAAGAAAGAUUUCUUAAUUUCAUUCCCAAUUUUUUAUGACUUUUUUUAAAAUUUUUUCUUCAAUUCAUUGGCUUCUCAAACAACGGUAUUCACAUCAUAACUACUCUUUUUGUUUUUUGAUCUUAUUUUUUGACUAAUACAAGUUUCAUCAACAUCACAAAAAUGUAUUUAGCUCUCCCUCACAAAUAUCUCUUGCUGUCGGUAUUGACGCUAACUGAUGUCAUCAUAUGUUGAGAACUUUGGAACUUUUAAAUGAGGUUUAAAUACUUGUUGGAAAGUUUCAGUUUACUAUUGCACUAAAUUACCUAACUACGGGAAUGUUUGUUACUGUAUCUAUAUGCAUUCAUUCCUAUUUUCCCUUCUUUUUUUAAGACCAUUUAAAUUGCCACGAAAAGGAAAGGCAAAUCAGUUUACUCAUCUCUCUAUAAAAUUCUUUUUCUCAUUACGUUAAAGUAUGAUUCAGGAAAAGUGAUUGUUAGAUGGAAAUUUUGAUAAAUAACUUGAAAGU